GCCAUUGAAUGCGGUCCCCGUGAGUAUACCUGCACCCUUUGCGUAGUAAGGAAAGGAAUAUUCUUGUUCGAAUUAACGUUUUUAGGCCUUGUUCGCAAUGUUUGCAUUGGAGAUCGUUUGCGACGUGGGCUAAGAUUCGGGAACGAUUGCAUUUGGAAUGGCGGGGUCAGGUUUUGACUCUUGUUGGCUGUGGUGUACAUUUUAGCGUUGCACCGGUGACACUAAUCGUGUCUGGCCAUGGACUGCCGAAAGUUCGUCCUUUUGUUCGUGUUUAUACUGGCAUUUCAUAGUAUUACAACUCAUGGAUUUCCAGGCUCCUGCUUCAUUGCUAGGCUAUCCAGAGAGCGAACUUACAAAGGUGGAGCAGUUGAUAUCGACGACUGGGAUGAGAAGGAUUUACAAGAGAUGGGGUAUCGGAAGGGUCAAGGCUUCAAAGUAAAGGCACACGGUGUGUAUGUAUUCGGGUACACAGUCAAUGCAGAGGAAUCAAGACCAGGCUCAAUACAGGCUUGCAUCAAUGUAAACAAUGGAGCGGACUGUGAGGCUCUGUUGUCAGAAUUCAGCUUUAAAUCGAACUCAGAACAAGGAAAAAAUAUUUCACUGCAUGCAACAGGGUUGAUGAGGCUUUUUGAUGGUGAUUUUGUCUCGGUCCGUGUUGUAUCGAGCGUCCCAUGGAGACUGAGACAACAGUCAAAUGUUUUUGGGUACAUGCUACAUGAGUACGGAAUGGCGUCAGCUUUUUACGUAACUCCCAGCUCCGCAAAUCCACUUUUAGCUAAUCAAAGGCAACUCGUACGAAGCUGGGAUGUUGCUAGGGUGAAAGGUAGCUUUCUGAGCGCACCUUCAUUGUCAAUAAAUCUCGGUGUUUUUUCGGUCCUUCAAUCUGGAUUGUAUUUUAUCGGGUUGCAUGUCGUAAUUAGGAAAAGCAGUGAAAAGGAGAUUUAUAUGGUAACCAUCGUUAGUGGCAACGUUAAUUUAAUGAAGAGAAAAUUUGGAGUCGACGAAGGUGUUGAAACAAUUACAUUGAGCUUGAAUGCUUUGGUAAACUUAGAUCUAGGAAAUAAGCUGUACAUUCACGUUAAGAAACAUGGCAAGUCAGUUUCAAGCAUUCUACCAAGCUCUAGUUACUCUGUUGGAUUGCUUAGAGAAUCUACUUUGGAAAAUCAUGGAUUCAAUUUGAAAUCGUUUGUUAAAGAAAGACUUAAACCGGGCUCAAAGCCUCUUGAUCUAAGUAAAUUUACUGCAGCUCAUAGCGGUGGAUUUGACACGAUGAAGAAAGAAAAGUAUGUGAUUGAGAAGCCUGGAACGUACCUUAUAUGUGUCAAUCUGGAGGUAUAUUGCUCUAAUGCACCAUCUUGUACUUUUUCAUUCAGUAUUAAUGAACACAGUCUGUUAAAUUCAGUUAGAAAUUUGCAUCACAUUCAGGCAUCAACUUGUAGGAUGCUUUUCAUGUACAAAGGCACAUAUCUAUCAUUUAAAAUAAGGAGCAAAAAUGAAUGGUACCUUAUUGAACGAUCAAGUAUAUCCAUGGCUUUACUACAAGAAAUAUUUCCCGCAUUUAGUCUCAGUUCUGCUGUUACUUCAUAUCCAUCCCCAGCCGCUUGGAUUAAAGUGUCAAAACUAUCGGUCAAUGACCAUGACUUUACGCUAUCCAGUGGCUUCAAUGGUGAAGACUUCAUAAUCUCUAGAUCGGGAAUAUACAAAGUAUUUACCAACUUGAUAUUUACAAACUUGAAACAAGCUGCAAUAUCUGCUUGUGUUGCAGUCGAUGGAGAUCUCUCGUCCCCUGAUGGCCUUUUUGCUACUAACAGCGCGGUCAGUGGAAAGCAUACGUUGACGAUUUCUUCCGCCAUUUAUCUGCAAAAGAAACAGCGAUUAGCGGUAUUUGUCAAAUCUAAAGGUCGUGAAAAUUGGAACAUAGACAAGAACAGCUCCAUUUCAUUGAUAUACCUUGGGGAAAGGGAGCUGAUUAUAGGGUUCCAAACAACAUUACUAGAUCAUAAUACCUAUACGUCUAUUGGCUGGCGUACACCGUCUAACUGGAAUAAGCCAAAGUACAUGGCUUCAAAGCCCUGGUCAUUUGCGUCCAAAAGAGGCCCUUCAAUGUUUGGGUCAUACAAAGUGCCAGCAGAUGGCCUUUAUUACAUAUCUACCAAUAUCAUAAUUGGAAAAGCCAAUUUGAUCGACGACCGUUCAUUCUUCAUAGGGAUGAUUUCAAUUAAUGAUCAAACAGAUUCGUAUUUACCUCAUACAAAGCAGUCAAAUAAAUUACAUACGUCUCAAAAUGACGUUGUUAGUGAAUUCACAUUAUCAAUAUCAACUGCUCUUAGCUUGAAGACGAAUGAUUCUAUCUCUGUGAAGAUAUGCUCAAAAUCCGAUGUUGUUUGGAUGAUUCGCAAGGAAAGCGGUUUUUCGGUGAUUCUUUUAUCAGAGGCUUUAAGCAAUCCUUCACCGAAUGGUUUCCUAGCGCGGUAUAUUAAUGUGUCCACUAAAGUACCGUCACAAGAAAACAUUGGGAACUGGACAAUAGUCAGCAAUAACAACAUACAAUUUAGUCUUGGAGAUAGUUUAAAGAUUUCUGGUGACGAAAUACUGGUUAAGAGAACUGGGAUGUUUGCAAUUUUAAUAAAUAUUCAGUUAAAAGAAAACAUUGGGGAAGAAAUAGAACUGGCUCUUAUAGAUGUCUCCUUAAAUAGCAAAAAGGUCUGUUUAAAAAGCACACGAAUAUACAAAGAGGCUUUUGCAGUUUGCAAUUUGCUACUCAUCCUCUUCAAGGGUACAAGGUUAAAAAUUUCGUUAAUGGGACCUCUUGAAAAUCAUUUAGUUAUCUUUGGACCCGCUUCAACUCUCUCAGUCUACAAAAUAGAAAGACCCAAGGCGUACCCAUGGCUAUUUGCAGAACUCCAGGAAAAUAUUCAACCACUCAGUAAGCUUAAUAUUGAUUCUUGGAUGUAUAAAAAGACGCAAAAAGGACGACUCUUGGGGCACGAUGGCUUGACAAGAACGUCAGAUGCCAGGGAGGUGCUUUUGGUGACAGCUAACUUUGUGUUUGACCAAGUUACUAAUGGCAAGUGCACCGUAGCAAUAAGUGAUGCCUUUAGCAACAAAACGCAUAUGGAACUAACAUCACACUACAAUGCGAGCAGCAUUGGUCAAGCCACAUUGUCAUUUUCUCGUGUGAUUGAAUCUUCGCCGGGUAGAAUAAGACAGACAAUCGAUGCACAGGGAUUUUUCAUUAGCAAGACAUCAUCGUUUUCUAUCACACGCCUUCCAAUUUUGUCAAAUGGACAAAGAUUUUCACUGAAUAUGGAUGUGAAUCAGAGUUUAAGCAAAACUGGACGGCUGCCACUCCGACGACGGGCGGUCAGCAAUGCCAAAACGAAUGAACUUUUGAAUCGGGAUUCAGCCUACAUUAUAACGGUGACUCUGGCCGCAAGGUUAAAAACGAACUAUUUAAGUGUGUUAGUUGAGACAGCCGGAGGUGAAAUAUUGAUGCAAAGAAUGCUAUCUAAACAAACAGAUUCAUUAAAUAACUAUAUAUUUUCUGGCAUUUGUAUACCUAAAACACCCGGUAAAGUGAGAGUGUCUGUUCAGGGAAACGGGAAUGACAUCGUCAAUAUAACAAGACAGUCUAAUAUACAAGUGACCUCAAUUGGAGAUAAUUUAAGCCAUAGAGUAGUUUUACCUUUCAAAGCAUCAACAAUUCAUUAUGUUGGUACAACUUCCAUGAUAAAACUGAACAUGCAACCAUCUUUGAAUCAAAAUGGCAUCAUCGUGGCUGAAGACACGGUUUUCAUUCGAAGAACUGGCAUUUACCUAGUGUCACUGGCAGUGCUGAUCACUUCUUUUAAAAGGUUAGUUUACACGGUCUGCCUCAUGGUGAGUGGAGAUAAAAAGGCUACUGUUUAUGCAGUGCAGGAGAUCUUUGGAAAAGGCACAAUUUCUAUUAUGAACUCGAUGUAUUUGCAACGUGGAAUGUAUAUAAACACAUUCAUAACAGUAAGCAGGAGGGCAUCUUUUGAAGUAAUGCCUGGGUCAACGUUGAGUAUCGUUCAAAUCAAGGACCUUGACUUUAAUGUUGACGAAAAGUUGCUUCCUGUCAUAUAUAAGGACAUCCUACCCCCCGGCAACCAUUCCUUGCCUCUUGGACGCCCAUUCUCUUUGACGUGCUACAGCAUUGCAGACGACAAAAUAAUUUACAACUGGUUCAGGAAUGGAAAUCUGGCACAGUCAAGUUACAGUCCUGUUAUCAAAAUCGAUGGUCAACUUCAUGAAUCUGGUGAAUACUAUUGCGAGACUAUGGCAUCUGGGACAAUAAUAAUGUCGAAACCUGUGAAAAUUGGAUUUUAUGAUGAAGAUGAAUGCCUAGCUGGAGCCCACACCUGUACUGGGCCAAACCAAACGUGUAUAAAUCUACCUGGAACAUACAAAUGUGAUUGUGACUCUGGUCUCUUUAUGCGCCAGGGAAAAUGCAAUGAUUUGGCCAAGAAAACAAAAACGGAGACGGCGAAAAUGGAUAAGCUGAACUUGCCGGUUGCUGUAGUUGUUCUGGCUCCGAUAGCCAUAUGUGUAUUUAUAUUCUUGAUAGUCGUUGCAUUGUAUACAUGCUACAAAACGAGGAAAGCAGCCACUCAGCGACUGAUUCGCCACAGCGGCUCAUUCUCUGAUCAAAGGCAACUGCACCGGGAAGACGACACCCUGUCCAGUCUCCACAAUCGCUCUUCAGAAGCGGCGAAUUGCGUAGAGGAGACGCUAGAAAUGCAGGAGCUCAAUUUUCAAAUGUCAAACAAGGAGCUGAAAGAAGUUCGAUUUAGUCUGCAAACCGAUUGUGACUUUGACGAGAAUCUUGAGAUCCAAGACGAAGGAUCGUGGAAAGACGACGGGUACCUGUCACCGAGAACUAUAUGAUUUUGGGUUUGCUGCUGUCAUUGUACAGCCAUUUAAAAAGUGGUUUGGAGUGAGAGCACCGAGAAAGUCGAAUGGCAUUACGGGCAGUCGUAAAAGCCUACGGAGCAUAGGCUUGACAAAGGGUCAAAAUUCAAGUUGCUAUUUGAAUAACUAGCUAAUCACCGCUAGGGAAGAAGCGGCAAUACCCCCUUAGCUAGUACAGUAAAAAGUCAGAAUUUAAUUGUUUUACAAGAUGAGUGAAUACUUAAUAUUCAAGUCCCAUGGUUGCAUGUUAGUUAGACGUUGUCCCCUGUUAUAAGUCAGCCCCGUAUCAUAGCAACCACACUAACAGGCCACUAGUAGGUAAUGCUUGAAUGCGCGCGUUGUUGGACAAAAAAAUGUAUAUAAUUUUAAGGUACACAAGUAGGUUUACUUCUGUAAUGCGACCUUGAUACGAUUUUGUAAAUAUUCAACAAAGCACACGCUGGUCGUUUAAUCCAGCCUCAUUAAAGAUUUUUUAAGAGGGCUUUUUAAUUAAUAUUUUGUUGUAAAUAUGGUUUGUACAUAGCAUUGAAAUGCGUCUUAUCUAUCAAAGGUAAUUUAAAGCUUUGAAAAAGCUUGUUCAUAACUUUGUCUUUAAAACUGCCCCAAAUCUUAGUUGCCGUUCCUAGUUGCCGUAUUGGCAACUUAUACUGAUAUCUGAAGGUUCUGAGAAGUGAUUGCUAGACAGUUCAGAGAGUCGAAGCUGUCCAUAUCCUUCUGUUGAUUUUUUAAAACCCAAAUGUAAGUAUCCUAUUCUUUCUUCUUUUUCAUAUUAUUUCCAAACUUGUCAUGUACAUCUCGCACUGAUUGUAUUAAUUUCCGUAAUUUAAGUUUUGGAUCUAACCAAACUUUUCAAUGUUGAUUUGCGAGCUCAUUUGACUAAACCAACAAUCCUUUGGCCAGUGAAAAAUACAUUCACUCGGGACAAUUUCAGAAUUAAACCAUGCUUAUUCCUAAGAUAAAGGUCUAAUCGUUGUUUUAGAGUCUUUAAAAAUUUCAAACAAAUCAGUCUACUUUUAUUAGCAACUCAGUUGAACCUCCAUUCAGAGGAUUGAAAAUGAUUGAUUGCUGAAGUGCGAAUCGUAAUGAAUUUGGACCAUAUCAACUCGAAUGAACUAGCAUUUAUCUUACCUUGCAUAUCACAUGGUUGAUGCAGGUGAAUCUUUCAGGCUCUUGCUAGAGGGAAACAUCAUCGACACUAUGCUUUCUAUCAACGUGUGGUGUAAAGCGGCAAUGGAACUGUUUAAAGCUCCGAGAAAAAUUAGACCAACCUUUAACUUGUCUGGUGCAAAAACAAAGGAAGACAGAUUUAAAAUUCAGCAUUGCUGCAAAUCUCUAACGUAUUUAAUAAAACAAAGGAUUCUUCUUAUCAUUAACCACUUUCAAAAUUCAACGCAAAGCUUUUGUUGUGUUUAAGCAUUUUCAAAGUCACAAAGGAAUCAACGCGUUGAUACUUUAUCCUCUUGACGAUUUAAAGGCAGUCUGUCCCCUCAAUGAUUGGCUAAUAUGAACAAUAGGUCUUCCCGCCUUAAUGGAUUGGCUGGCCUAGCUGCGGUAGUGGACGACAUUUAAAUCUGCGAGCAAAAAGAUAUCGGUAAUGGCAAAAUGAUUUAAUUACUGGAAUUGACUGAUGAUAACGGAAGCAUUUCCUUUCGCUUUUGACAUAUCUGUCGCAAAAACCAACCAGGGAACACAAUUUUUCUAGCCAUAGCUUCACUUCAACGGGAACACAGCCAUUUGAUUCAAAAGCUCUGGAAUCCAUGUUGUCUCUGAUUGGUUUAAAUCGUUUAAUUAUCGAUCAAGCUCAACGGUGCAUGAAUUUCACUCCCGUGAAAAUAAAGUUGAGCACAAUAAGGGACAGACUGCUUUUAAAACGUUCGAGUUCUGAGAGAUUGCCCCAGCGUAUCGUGUAUCUAUUCUUAUUUGUUCCAAACAAAGUUGACCCAAAACCUCCAAGGCAUUACAGUCAAACAACCAAUAUUUCAGUUAUGACUGGACAAUACAAUUAAUGUAAAGAAAACUGGGCUGAGUAACUUUGAUUGUCAUCAUACAAAAAUUGUGGAUUUAUAGUUCUAGCUAAGGUAGACUUGAUACAUAUUCUAUCAAAUUAGUUUUUAGGGCUGUCACCAGAAAACUUUUUUUGUGACAAAUGUAAUCAUGUGCUGAUGAAACUAACCCGAAUAGUUAUCAACUCAUUACUCGUAGGCCUACCAAGAGCAAAUUAUAUACUCCGAGGAAGUUUAAAUUAUACAUUUUUCAUCACAGUACCAACACUUACUUGGUUUGCAGAGCUUUAAAUUCGCUGAAUCACAAAGUACCAGUAUGCUUCUUUUAAACGUACAUUAGGAUUUUUAUAUUACAGGGUUCAGAAUGAACCAAACAAGACGAUGCACAAUAAGAUUGGAUUUAAUCCGUUCAAUGACAAGGUCGGAAAAUUUCAAGAAACUUUUGUGGAGUUUCCGCACAGGUAGAGUAAUAUUAUCCGGCAAUAAGUUGGUACUUUUUCCCUCGAAUUCAGGCCUUUCCAAGGGUCUUAUCGCUGAUCUAAGCUGUUGGUUUUCGACGGUAACAGGCAUAUCAAUAACUGAGUGGCAGAUUAAAACAACAAUUAUAAGGAAUAAUCUUAAACUGUGUUUUUGGGCGUUGUGUGGUAAUCAAACGGCCAAGAUAGCAGUAUUUUGUUGAAAAGAAAAGAUAACGGAGAAUAAGCGGCUAAUAAUCGAAUCCUCAUGGAAUCCGUUAAACCAACAAUGAAACCUCAAAGCGAAGUAAACAGGAUUUAUUUUGAAAUCUAACCAAGAUAAGCGCGGAGAGGGUUUUCGUAUAAUUGCAAGGAAAAUGCAUGCGUAUUACAAAUUCUGUCUUUAAAAUUACAGUUUUCACAUUUAAUAAAACAGACAAGACGUUUUCGCUCCUUUGUUCCAUCUCAACGUUUUCAUUAAACCAGUGUUUUAUAUGAAUCAAAAGCUGUUACAAUAGAGAAGUUGACCGAAAAGAUCUUUGAAGUCAUCUAAAUGCAGAUAUCAUUUUAUCUAUAAUAUUCGUUCAAAUACGACCGAUAAGUCGCAAAACCUCGAUUAUAUCGGCUAGUUUUGACCAAUAACAAACUCAGUUUUUGCGAAAUAGAUACCAGAGCAGAAAUUCUUUAUCAUGUUCAUUCUUUGUCGCAGAAUAAGAUACUGGUAAAAAGGACUGCGAGAAAAUUUAUAUCAAAAUAUCAAAAUGUUCCAAUAAUCUUACUGAGAAGGCCUAUGGUUGCAACAUACUAAAAUUACUAUUACCCUUAAAACCCAAAAAUUCAAAUGUUUUUCCGCUUAAUGAAAACUAUUUUGACAAUGCAAUGGUGCUUAGAAUAGCCUCCCAAUGAAUAAAGUAGUAUUUUCGAAGCCAUCCAAAUUCCCAACAAUCAAUAACAAGAUAUUUUGUCAUUGUUAUGAGAAGCAAACAGGGCCAAGCAAUAGUCCAAAUUCUUCGCUGCCUUCACCAUCACCGAAAGCGGCAAAAUCCAGAAUAGGCAGGUGCUCAGUUUUGUCUGUAUUGAUAUCAAAUACACUUUCUCCCGACUUGCCGUUUUUAUCCUGGAAGAUGAGAGGAGUUUUAAGAAUUUCAAAACUGAUUUGAGAUGGAAAAUUUUUCAAAAGGAAAAUACUGAAUUCUCAAGGGUGCUACAUUACUGCAAUUAAGUAUAAAUUCAGGCAAAACUGUUCAAAAAUUAACAAUAAAAUGAAAAAGUUAAGGAAGUCGCAAGGUUUAAAAAGAGAUCUUGAUGUUUUUAUAAAUUGAUAUAAAUAACAAUAAGUAGGAUAAUAGAAAAGGAACAAAAAGAAAGAUAAAUUUAAGAUAUACCAAAUUUUAAAAAACAAAUUUCAGGGAGAUGAAGUAAUGAUAAGGAAAAAUACCAAAGUUUUCUUUAAGAAAAUCUGAUUGUUAAAGUUUUACGCACGAAUCUUAUUAGUAAUUUGAAUUUUCUGUGGCAUCUAAUCACCUUGCAUUCGUCCUUUUUGACGUCGAGGAAAAUCCCAGUAUCCCUUGCAUUGCCAUGUAACUCAACUUCAUCGUCUGUGAGAACCUUGAUUGUUCGGUCAUGAAUAAUGUUCUCCUCGUUCGACCAUGCGAUAGAGUUCUUGCACAGAUAUGUGACAUUUUGCCUUGCUCGGUUACUUAACAAUCUCAUCAUUUUCAUUUGGUACACGUCUGCUGCGUAUUGGAACUAAAAACAAAUUGGACGUAUUCUGAUCUUUGUAGCAACUGGUAUAUGUUGCGUAUGUAUAAAGGAGACUUAAAGGCACAUAAGACAUCAUUUAAGGCAUACAAGGCAAAACCUGACUAAAGCAUCAAGCAUAGUACAUAGAUAAAGAGCAGAGACUCGCAUAGACCAAAUGCAUGCUGCACUGAAUGCCUUUGCUUUAUUCACACGGGAUGAAAUAUCAUUGCAAAUUCUUUCCUUUCCUUGCAUUCAGGCAUCUUCCAUGAAGUUUAAAAACAAACGCCAAAUAAAAUAUAUGCCAAGAGGAUACCACACCUUAAAAUUGAUUAUGCAAAAAUUUCCAAUGUAUAUUCUGUUCUUGUACGCGAUGCUUUCACAAAGAUAUGUUUGCAAAGAAGACAUAUAAAUAUAUGUUUAAAGGAAUUGAAUAAAAUGAUAAGAAUAAAAGAAGCAAUAGCAACGUACGCCCUCAGGAGAAAAGUAUAAAUCUUUCAUCAGCCAUACGUACUGAUCCUUACCAGUUAACCACUGGUCUUGCUCAAUCUAAAUAAAGGAUCGAAUAUAAUAAUUUAGCAAAUUGAGUGAUAGUAAUUAGCAAAUUAUUAUAAUACUUAACAGGGUGAUCAUAACGGAUCAAAAUUAAGCAAAAAGAAAACUGCCAGAGUAAGUAUUUGUAGUACAUAAUUUCACUACUGGAAAUUUGAGUAGCGCUCUCUCCUCGAUCUAUUUAUCUAACGAGAGAGCUCGUCGUUUGAGUAUCUCUUUAUAACUGGUACUUUGUUUGAAUGCAUAACCUGUUAUAGUUGUUGUUGCUUGUUGAAUAAAUUUGCUUGUUAAGGAACUGUUAACUGAGAGGAACUAGAAUUUGCACCGGAAAUGAACCAUAUUAAAUGAUAACUUUUUCUAACUGUCCGAGAUUUUCUUGAUCGGUAGAUUUUAAGGCGUGAACAAAUUUUUGACAUGCAGUUAAUAUGGUUCGGCUUGUCAUUAAUUGGCAAGAUCAGAAUUAGCAAUUUUGUAAACAUGAAAUUUAUUCUGCCUUUCUACAAAAUUUAUAAUUGUUAAAGGUAAUGUGAGGGAUUCCAGGUGAAUCGUUCAAGGGGGUAAUGAAAUCGUCCGACAUAGCGAAUGUAAGGGUACAAUUUACAUAAAGAUUUGGUAUAAAAAUCCAUUGGAAAUGGAAAGUCACUUCGUCUUAGUCAAAGUUCAAGUUAUCCGGGAAUACAAAACAGCUUUGUUGAUUGGGAAAUAUCUAGGGAGACUGAAUGGACUUUGAAUUUUUGGAAAUUAUUUUUUAUUUUUCAAAAAAAGGGGAAAGCAAACAGCCAGAAGAAAGAGGUGGCACUUUGAAGUAAAGACAGUACCCAAAUCAGUGGUCAAAUAAUGCUUUGGUGACCUUCAGAUAAUGUCUGGAUAAUGAAAGAAUAGUUGUCUAAACGUGCAAGUUCAACAAAGGCUAUUCACUGCAUCGGGGAAUGCAUUUUUGUGUAAAAUCAUGGCUGAAAAGUAAUUUAAAGCAAAUUCAGCAUCUCAUAAAAUGUUGUCUGUGAAAAACGCUCAUUGUAGCAUUGUCUAAUUAUACUGAUUCAGAGUCAAAUCAAACGCUUUCUAAAAUGAUACCUGUGGAUUUUUUGCAUAAAUGCAUGUCUCCAUUGAUGUUUUAUUGCAGAAUACCAAGACAGCAUCUCUUGGGGAGCCCUCAUUUGGAUCGAUCCAAUAGUCACCUUAAAAUUGUAAGCAUGGUUAAAAUGCAUUUUAAAAACUUUAGGGCAUGUUAGAAUUUUUGAAAGUCUAUCCUUAUGGAGGUUAUUAGAAACUUAAUCUCAUAAAAGCAACGUAAAAAAAUUCCAAUAAAUUCAAAAUGUAUUUCCUACGGACAAGAAAUCUCUAGAAAGACCAUAUCUUGUUUUCAAAUGAGUUUGAGCAACCGAGCUAUUAAAGUAGAAUUAAUAACAGAGUUGUGAUGUGGACUGCUACGGAAGAAUGAAGAAUCUAAUAACUUUGCCUCAUUUUGCAAAUGAACCGCAAAGCAAAUAGGUUUUCUAUGCUUAAUAUUUGAAGCAGUGGGCGUUGCUUUGACUGAAAUAAAUUGUGCCUUACGUUCUAAACAGCAAGAAAAAAUAAAUGCAAAGAAUAGGUAUAAAGGGUAUGUUCAAAGGAUAGAUACCUGAAGGCAACUCAAGCUCAUUCAUAAAAAGGUCUUUGCACGUUCUGGCUGGCUUUCUGACACUCCCUGGUUUUCUGUGAAGAUCAAUGAAUCGACUGUAAACCUCGUGAAAGCUCUUCUCUGUUUCAUCAUCCUGCGAAAUAAUCAAUUCACUGAUGAAUUUCCAGCAUUGCGAAAUUCAUAUAAACAAGAUCUACCUACAAGUGAGCAUAUACCAAAGCCUGACAUAAUCGAAAAGUUAUUCUUAUAAAGUUUUACUUUUACCACAUAAUCUAAAAAAACACUACGUAUAAAUCACUAAAAUAUCUCUAAAAAAUAGAAUUAAUUAAAAAUAUUGCAAAUUGAUUGAGAUAUAUCGUUGUUUUGGCAUUGUUCAUAGAUUAUGGAACAAAAACCAAAGUUCGGUGAUUUGAUUGGGAACGAGCCCGUGCAAAUGAGACCAUAUCUCUUGCCAAUUUGUGGCCAAUUUUUAACAAAUUUAAUUAAUUCACGCAUUUAGUGGUAUUCCAUAAUGGUUCCUUUCGGCUAUAUUGUCCAAACUCAAAAGUUUAAAUCACUUAGAGGUUACGGUCUCUAUUUUCAAACGUCAUAUAGUGGCGACCGAAACAUUCUUAAAAGCUUGAAAGAAAGCUAAUUAAAAUCGAAUUUCUAAAAAAGUUGAUAGGGAAAUAGCAGACACAUAAAUUGGAAAUAAUUUUCAGAUAGACUGGUUUUCUUUGAAGAUGAAGUAUGACGCUGCCCCUUUCCCUUCUGUCUGAUGUAGCGGUAGAGGAAGACUAUACUGAAUUCGACUUCUUUAAGAAAAAAUACAUUACCCGUUUUAUAAGAUCGUCGAUCUCUGCAUCCUAGAAACAAAAUAAUAGGGGAUGAAGUAACGUUUGAAGUGUACCUAUAUCAUAGAAGAAUUAUACAAAUAUGAUAGCAUAAGAAAUUGUAUUUUCAAAAUUGUCUUUUAGAAAAUGUCAUGAUACCACAAAGAAAGGAGGCUUACAUCUGUUAAAUUCAAACUACUGCGGUAAAACUGGUGUCUCGAUUGAAACUGUCCAUGAGAUUUCUUGACGUCUCGCUGAACGGGUCGCCAUUGCUGUGGGGGACAGGAAUAAAGAUAUCGUAAGGAAUCAAGCUACCAAGAGUGAAAAUAAUGAAAUAAUUUUGGCGAGGAUAUUUAAGGUAAAGUAUGACAUAAAGUAACAGCAAUGACAUUGCCGUGUAUUUACAAAAACAAGGCUUUGAGAUCGAUUAUUUCGUUACAAGUUUUAAAAUUUAAAAACAAGUUUUAAGAUUAUUUCUUUAUGAGACCAAAAAUGAUACACUUUUGCUAUAAACAUUAAUACCAUAGAAUCUAUUAAUUAAAUGUCGACGUAUAUUCGUUAGAACAGAGUGCAGAGUGCAGAGUGCAAAGUGCAGAUUGCAUAGUGCAUUGUAAGUGCAGUGCAGUGUAAUUUAGGUUUUUGAAAAUUGAUGCUUAAGUUUGGCUUAUAAAAUUGUUCCAAGUUGCACUAAACUGUGAUGAAAGAUCCAAAAGUAUUUGAUACUUUUCAGGCCAAUUUUUUAACCAUAAGCGGUUUUAAUGCUUUUUAAUUUCAGGAAUUAAAGACUUACUUGG